AUGGCGGCUGGCGCCGACGAGUACUUCCCGUUGCGAACGCCCGAAGGACCACCACAAAAGGGGGCUGCAAGGCAAAGCGACUUGCGACCCUCGUGGAAGGAGCGUUUUUGCAAGUUCUUGCCGAUUCUGGAGUGGCUUCCCUACUACAACUGGAAGGAGUACGGCCUCAAGGACCUGUCUGGCGGGAUUACCUUGGGCUGCAUUCUGGUCGCCCAGUCUUUGGCGCAUGCAGAUCUUUGCAAGGUGGAUUUGAUCCAUGGGCCUUACAGCUGCAUUUUGCCUCCCAUCCUUUACUCUCUCUUCGGCACCUGCAUCCAUUCGUCCAUAGGCACAGGAGGUCUCAUAAGCCUUCUGACGGGAGAGCAGUUGGCCCACUAUGGCGACCUAGAGCAACGUACACAUGCAGGAGCCAUUUUCACCCUCCUCGUGGGUUUGGUGAUCACCAUGAUGGGCGUCUUUCGCUUAGCCUUUCUCGUGCGGUUUCUUUCCAAGCCGGCGCUUAGCGGCUUCAUCACUGCGAGCGCCAUUCUCAUCAUGGCGUCUCAGAUGAAGCCCAUGUUGGGCCUGCCCAAAUCGGACACGGGAGGCAUUUUUGCCAUCGCUUGGUUCCACCCCAAUGAGUUGGCAGACCUCCGCCCCGCCACCAUCGCGGUGAGUCUGGGUGCUUUGGGCUACCUGUCCAUCAUCAAGAGGCUGAAAUCGCUGCAUUGGACUCUGCGAAUGCUCGGCGACUUCAAGGAGCUGUCAGCCUUGACCUUCUUCGCGAUCGCGGCCAGUAGGUUUGCCUCUGAAUUUGGCGUCGCUGUCGUUGGAGACGUACCAGCUGGCUUGCCGGGAUUAUCCUUGCCACUGCAAACGAAAGAUGACGUGGCUUUGGCCAAGGAGAUGCUUCCGGGUGCUAUCAUGGUGGCCUUGGUCACCUUCUUAUCCUCCUUCGCUGGAGCGAAGAAGUUUGCCAUGCAAGCUGGCUACCAGGUCAUCGCCAUCAACGAGUUGUUGGCCUUGGGUUUUGCCAACUUGGGCGGCGCCGUGUGCGGGGCCGUGCCCACGCAGUGCUUCGGCCUAACACUUGGUGGAAAUGGCACUGGCCGUGUGGCACAGUGA